CGACUGGAGCUCCCCCACGAGCACGCCAGCUCUUGGUUGGCUGGUGCGGUAAUCAUCGAGCCCGGCAUCGUCGGCCCAUCGCUAAACCCAACGCCUAACUCUCUUUCCCACCAUCUAGCGAGCUCCAUUGAGCUACGAGACACGCUCGCCAUGUUCGUCCGACCCAUCGCUCGGGCCUGCCAGCCCCUAAAGAAGCAGACUCUGCGCCGCUACGCCACAGACUCGACGCCGCCCCCGCCCCCGCCGCCUCCCCCGUCGGGCGGCAACGCCACGACGCCCGCCCUGGUGGCGGGCGCCAUCGGCUUUGCCGCGUUUGGCGGCUACUACCUCUUUGGCCGGGGCGGCAAUGGCAUGCCGGCGGCGUCUCCAGCGCAAAAGGCCGCCGCCGCCGCCGCCGCCGCCGCCGCCUCCCCGUCCUCGCAGGUCGGCGCCGGGGCCGCGGUCGGCGGGCCCAAGAAGGCGCUGACGGGCGGUGACCAGGGCUUCGUGUCGCUGCUGGUCGAGGACGUUGAGAUCGUCAACCACAACACCAAGCGCGUGCGCUUCAAGUUGCCCGAGAACGACAUGGUCUCGGGCAUGACGGUCGCGAGCGCGCUGCUGACGAAGUUCAAGCCGGCCGGCGCCGAGAAGCCUGUCAUCAGGCCGUACACGCCCAUCAGCGACGAGGACACCACGGGCUACAUGGACCUUCUCGUUAAAAAGUACGAGGGCGGCCCCAUGUCGACGCACAUCCACGAGCUCGUGCCCGGCCAGCGCCUCGACAUCAAGGGCCCGCUGCCCAAGUACGGCUGGACGGCCAACAAGCACCCGCACAUCGCGUGCAUCGCCGGCGGCACGGGCAUCACGCCCAUGUACCAGCUCAUGCGCGCCAUCUUCAAGAACCCGGACGACAAGACAAAGGUGACGCUCGUGGUCGGCAACAUCGCCGAGGAGGACAUACUACUCAAGCAGCAGCUCGCCGAGCUCGAGAACACGUACCCGCAGCGCUUCCGGGCCUUUUACGUGCUCGACAACCCGCCUAAGGGCUGGGCCGGUGGCAAGGGCUUCGUGACGCAGGAGCUGCUCAAGACGGUGCUGCCCGAGCCUAAGGAGGACAACAUCAAGGUGUUUGUGUGCGGGCCCCCGGGCAUGAUGAAGGCCGUGUCGGGCGCAAAGGUCAGCCCCAAGGACCAGGGCGAGGUCUCGGGCAUCCUCAAGGAGCUGGGCUACAGCAAGGACCAGGUCUACAAGUUUUGAGGGGCGCGGUUGGCAGAGAUUCGCGCAGCCUUGUAUAAAUAGAUCCAUAGAUGCGCCUUUCCCUUGCCGUGGCACGCGGAGACGUGCCGACAGGCGGGGAUUCGCACGUAGCCAUGAAUAUGAUUCAACGCAACGCCCCAACCUCAUGCGACGCGGGUCAGGAGUCGGUUGUGUGUGUGCAUAGUGUGG